CACAUAAUUUAUUUAUUUACAGCAUAUUAAAAAUAUGACUGCUACACUCUGCCGUUAGCUUCCGUUGAGUAUCCAUAUCGCGUCCUUACAGGACUGACCUCAUGAAAGCAAUAACCGGAAGUAGUUUUAAAAAGUGUUUUCUGUGCAGAACCGGGGAGGCAAGACAGUACAAAGGAUGAGACUUCCUCUUCGCUCUUUUAGCAUCUUCAGGAGUUUAUUCUCUCACAGGAAACAAACAUCACACCCUCAGAGGCGAGGCUUGAGCGGCGUAGGGAUGCGUCUAGUGCAGUUUCAUCGCCAUGGUGAGGAGGGAAGCAUCAGAGUGGGGGUGGAGCAGGGGGACGGGGGGCUCGGCGUGGUGGACCUGAAGGCCUUUGACCCCUCCAUGCCCUCCACCAUGAGAGAGCUGCUGGGGCUGGGAGACGAGGGUCUGCAGUGUGCACAGAGAGCCUUGUCCUCAGGUCAGUGUGUGUUGCAGCGGUCAGACAUCCGGCUGUUGUCUCCUGUGUUGGCCCCGGAGAAGGUGGUGUGUGUGGGCAUGAACUACCGGGACCACUGCCUGGAGCAGGACGCCCCCAUCCCCAAAGAACCAAUCAUCUUCAGCAAAUUUCCCAGCGCCAUCACCGGGCCGUACGACGACAUCAUCCUGCCCCCGGAGAGCCAGGAGGUGGACUGGGAGGUGGAGCUGGCCUUUGUGAUUGGACGAAGAGGAAAACACAUCAAGGAGGAAGACGCUCUCUCUUACGUGGCCGGCUUCACGGUGGCCAACGACGUCAGCGCACGAGACUGGCAGAUGAAGCGCAACGGGAAGCAGUGGCUGCUAGGAAAAACGUUUGACAGCUUCUGUCCUCUUGGCCCGGCAUUGGUGACCACUGACGCUGUGAAAGACCCCCACAGUCUGGGGGUGCGCUGCCUGGUGAACGGAGACACGGUGCAGAGCAGCAACACGGAUCAGAUGAUCUUCAGGACGGAGGCGCUGGUCGCCUGGGUCUCAAAAUUUGUGACCUUGACUCCAGGUGAUGUUUUCCUGACCGGCACUCCUCCAGGCGUGGGUGUGUUCAGAAAGCCACCCAUCUUUCUCAAGAAAGGAGACGUGGUGGAGUGCCAGAUAGACCAAUUGGGCUCGGUUAUCAACAAAGUCGUCUGAAUCCGGAGACAAUCUGCUGCUAAAUAAAUAAACUGCUCUUCUGAAGCACUGAACACAAUUAAUUACUAUUCGAUCGUUUUUGUAUUGAUAUUUUCUUCCUUCUGAAAGAAUGUGAGUAAAUCAGCUGUACAUGCGUUUAAAAUGUACAUUUUCUGAUCAAUGUUAAUGGUAUUUUGCUGUGAGGUAAAGAGCACAGCAUUUGUACUACAUGUAAAGUUACAUAACUCAAUGCGCAGUGACCCGUUAUCGAGUCACUAGCUGUAAAAAUACCCUUCGAUCUGCAGUCACCCAGCAGAAACUGAAGCUCAUGACGUUUAAAAAUAUGUACAUUUCAAUAUUCUUUUUGAACUGUAUGUAAAACUUUUCAAACAGCCACCUUCUGAUAAAAAGUGAGCAUAUUUUCCUGAAAGGGAAUUUAAUCAAAUAAACAUUUUGUCUUCAAA